AUGUUACGCCCUGGGAUGCCACCAGGAAGCCGGAUGCCUAUGGCAGGACUGCAGGUGGGACCCCCAGGAGCUCCCCCCUACGGAGCAGCCUCUCCGAUGAGACCUGGCCUGCCACAGUCCAUGAUGGAUCCCUUCAGGAAACGCCUGCUCACUCCCCAGUCGCAGCCACCACUGGCCAGCCAGAGGAGAGGGGUGAAAAGGAGGAAGAUGGCUGACAAGGUCCUACCGCAGAGGAUCCGGGAGCUGGUCCCAGAAUCCCAGGCUUACAUGGACCUCCUCGCCUUUGAGCGGAAACUGGACCAAACCAUCGCUCGGAAGAGGAUGGAGAUUCAGGAGGCCAUUAAGAAACCGCUUACGCAAAAGCGGAAGCUGAGGAUUUACAUCUCUAAUACCUUUACCCCAGCCAAAGAAGAAGGGGAGGGUGGUGAGCGUGUGGCUUCCUGGGAGCUACGUGUGGAGGGCAAAUUGCUGGAGGACCCAAGCAAACAGAAGAGGAAGUUCUCUUCCUUUUUCAAGAGCCUCGUCAUCGAGCUGGACAAAGAGCUGUACGGGCCAGACAACCAUCUAGUGGAGUGGCACCGGCUGCCCACAACGCAGGAGACUGAUGGCUUCCAAGUGAAGCGUCCUGGCGACGUCAAUGUGAAAUGCACCCUGCUGCUCAUGCUGGAUCACCAGCCACCACAGUACAAACUGGAUCCUCGCCUGGCUCGCCUCCUUGGGGUGCACACCCAGACCCGUGCCAGCAUCAUGCAAGCGCUCUGGCUCUACAUCAAGCACAACAAGCUGCAGGACAGUCACGAGAAGGAGUACAUCAACUGCAACCGCUACUUCCGCCAGAUCUUUAACUGUAUCCGCAUGCGCUUCUCUGAGAUCCCCAUGAAGCUGGCAGGGCUCCUGCAGCACCCAGAUCCCAUCAUCAUCAACCACACCAUCAGUGUGGACCCCAAUGACCAGAAGAAGACAGCCUGCUAUGACAUCGAUGUGGAGGUGGAUGAUCCCCUGAAAGCUCAGAUGAGCAACUUCCUGGCUUCCACCACCAACCAGCAGGAGAUUGCCUCCCUGGAUGCCAAGAUCCAUGAGACCAUCGAAUCCAUCAACCAGCUGAAGACACAGCGUGAUUUCAUGCUGAGCUUCAGCAACAACCCACAGGACUUCAUCCAGGAAUGGAUCAAAUCCCAGAGGAGGGACCUUAAGAUCAUAACAGAUGUCAUCGGGAACCCUGAGGAGGAGAGACGAGCUGAGUUCUACCAGCAGCCCUGGGCACAGGAGGCUGUGGGGAGACACAUCUUUGCCAAGGUCCAGCAGCGCCGGCAGGAACUGGAACAAGUGCUCGGGAUCCGCCUCACCUAAGGGGCUGGUGAGGGCUCAGGAGCUUCCCUCUCCUCUCCCUGCUGCCUGAGCCUGAUGGUACUUCUUACUGGAAUCAAAUACAGCACUUGCACAAAGCCUAUGUGCCUGUAGGGAGUUGGAGCCACUAGCAACCCCUGGGCUCCCCUUGGCCAGGAAGCUCUAGCCAAAGGCAGAGUAGUGGAGGGUCCCCUGGUUCUCCCCCAAGUCCUGCUUCAGCCCUUCUGUUGCAUUAAUGCAUUCUGCUUUUGCAUCAUACUGCUUACCUCUCCCCAAGCAUUGAAUGCAGCCCCCCCCCGCAAGCGUGUUCUUCUGCUUGCUCCCCUCCUCUCAGUGCCUUUGGCCAAAGCCCUCCUGGAGUUGCUGCCCAGCGGGGAAAGCUUCCUGUACCAGAGCGGGAGGCAGAGCCUGCCCUGCCAGCCCUCCCUGGCCCAGCCUCUCCCAGCCACCACAAGGGCAGGCCUGGCCCUGCCCCUCUUCAACCAAAGUUUGUCCAUUCCAAAUACCAGCCCUGCUGGUGCCCAAUGUUUUGCACUAUUUUUGUGACCAGGUUUUAUAAAAAGGAAGCUUUUUGUACAGUGGGUUUGUAUUUGAUUAAUAUAUUGAGUUCCUCUUACUGCACUCAUUGCCUCAAUCUAUGCAGUGGAUUCAUGGUGUUUUCAAGGGCUGGCUUGGCCCAAGCUGUUCUUUUUAUAUGUAACCAAGUUUUUAGUCUUGAGUUUUUGACAAUCAGUUGAUUACUCUACCCCCUGCUAUUCUGCAUAUAUAGUGACUUGUCUUGUGAUUGAUACACGAGGUAUGUGGGGCAGAGGGGUUGCUCUGUCCCCGGGAGUCUUGUGGGCAAGGGCAUCAGCUUGGCAUAAGCUGAGGGUCAGAGCAUGCUGGGGAUCUGAGAACUGGAGAUGCUGGAGUUAGGGGCUGGGAAGGGGGGGCAGCUGCAGCACUGGGGUUGAGAACAGUGCUACCACCUGCCAGACCUGCUGAAGUGCCUUACCCACUCAAGCCUCUGCUGCCCCUUGCCCAGGAACUUCUUGUGGCAUUGGUCCUGCCAGCUCCUGUGCUGCAGCUGGUGCAGUGGCUGUGUG